CUCCCCCACGUGAAGUAAGAAGCACACGGUGCUUUGACUCCUCCUAGUAUUUUAAAUAUCUGCCUGAUCCUACCAUGAGAAGAAAGCAGAUUUAAUUCCACUCUGUAAAACCAACCCUGACGGACUGCCAGUGCCAAAGUAAGAAAGCGUUCGCAUGUGUGAGAUGGUUGUAUGUUUUUUGAAGCACUGCCAGUAAAGAAGCACUGGCACAUACGGCGGAUGAGAAUACGGUUUCAUUGGCUCAAGAGUGCGCGUCUAUUCCCAGAGGAUCUACUGGAUGGACUCCAAGCUGGUAAAAGGAUCAUCGGUCAUACACGGCAAAAAUGAAUGACCAGUGGAAUUCGGCAUUAACAGACAAUGUCUACAUAUCAAAAAGAAGCUUUAGAAAGACUCUCAUCUGUAAGAGACGUUAUGUACCCGUAGAGAGUAACUUUACUGAGCACGAAACCAAAAGAGAGAAUCCUAAUCAAUCAAGUUGUGAAAAAAGAGAAACCAAAAUUCCGAGUGUGCAAGAGACCAUUUGCUUAAAUCCAAGGAUUCAAGCUACACACCAUUCCCUUGGAAGAUCUGAAGAAUCCUCUCAGGAGGAAGAAAGAGUGAAUGAGGCCGAAAUCACUGCAACUGGACCUGACCCGAAACCCCAACUCACGAGUCCUAAGAAAUGGGAAGAGGGUGGUAUUCCCGAAGUAGAGAUAAAACAGGAAGUGCACAUAUCUAAGCCAUGCGCACAGGGAGAGCAGAAGAGUGAUGAUGAGGUGAAUAGACCAAAGCAGGUCCUGAAAAGUCAGUUUGUGUUUGCGUCUAUGAAAAAGCGAGGGAGAGAGGGAGACACGGAGGACCGUCCGCACAAGUGCACUUACUGUAACUGGGCUUUCAAGAAGUCCAGCAACCUUUCGAGUCACAUGAAAACUCACUGUGGCCUCAGGCCGCACGUCUGUGACGUGUGUGGAAAAGCCUACUCGCACCAGGGUACACUUCAGCAACACAAACGGCUCCACACCGGUGAAAGACCGUACCAGUGUCCCUUCUGUGAAAAAACCUACAUCUGGUCCUCUGACUUCCGAAAACACGUUCGGACGCACACGGGAGAGAAGCCCUACAUCUGCGAGGAAUGCGGUAAAGACUUCGUGCGCUCCUCCGACUUGCGGAAACACAUGAGGAACGUGCACGCCAACGACAAGCCUUUCCUUUGCAAGCAGUGUGGCAAAACCUUCAACAAGCCGCUGUCUCUCCUUCGUCACGAGCGAACGCAUUUGGGCGAGAGACCUUUUCUGUGUCCAGAGUGCGGAAGGUCGUUUGCUCAGGCAAGCCGCAUGGCGGAGCACAGGAAGAUCCACAGUGGCGUGCGUCCCUACAUGUGUCCGGUUUGCCCCAAAGCCUUCACUAAGUCCUCUAACCUUGCUGAACAUCUUACAGUGCAUACUGGAGUAAGGCCACACAAGUGCUCAGAAUGUGGGGUGGCAUUUGCUAUGGCAUCCAGAUUGGUUCGUCACCAGCGUACUCAUGCAGCCAAGUAAUCUGAUCACUGCCAGGGCUGUAAUGCAUCAUUCAGCCACUCUGCGGCACUCGAGAGGAAUCAGGAACUGUAUGGUGAGGUGAUGCCUUACUCAACGAACACUUGAAGAGCCAUGACAACUACGACAACCAUGACAAAAACUUAACUAGAAAGAGCAUUGUGUAAGCAAUAAAAAAACAUUCAUAAGGAACAUUUUUACAUCUUAACUUCAAUAGAGGAAAAUGUGGGGACCAAAACAUCUUGAUUUCAACUUGAUCACUGGGUAUUUUCCAGCAUGUAAACACAAAGGUGACAGUAACCUGCUAUUUGUAAUGACCUCUUGUAACAUAAUAGCCUCUUGCUUGCUGAAACAGAUUUUGUGUGCAGAGCUCCAGACUAACUUUUUUCACUAGGAGCACCGUUGCCCCCAACUGAAAAUUUUAGGGGCGCAAACAGAAAAUUUAGGGGCACACACCGUAAAUCAACAUGCUAACCAAAUAUUCACAUUUCUACUAAUUUCCACUGUAUUACUAAUAAAUACUUUGAUGAUAAAUGCAGAAAGUACAAUGUGCCGUUUCAAAUUCAGUGUCACAUCACAAAAAAAGGUCAAAGGAACACGGUCAAAAUGCACAGUAUU